CGGUCACACAGUGGGCAUAUGUUGAAAAAUGGCUGACACAAAUUAAUUUUCAAGUGAUUUGUUUUGUGCAUUUUCGCUGGUGUUAGGGAUGAACUUGGCCCAACGACGACUAAAGCCGACAGCCGAAUUAAUUAGAGCACAAUGCUAAUUUAAUGCGCGAAUCGAGGCACACAGAAAGAAAAGACUGCUGCGCAUCAAGCACCAUCACCACCAGCCAAACCACCCACACAGCCGCAAUGAUGAACAACCAUUACCACUUGCAACACGACCAUCCGCCGCAGAACGUGGCACACGUUCCGUUCCUGCAACAGCCGACGGCCGCCGUGGCCCCCGGAGCUCCUCCUCCCGCGACCAGCACCACAUACGGCUACUUGCCGCAGGCUGGUCAGCAGCCGCAGUGGAUGACCACCACCUACCAGAUCCUGCCGCCCACCGCAGGACCUGCUGCCACGGUGGCCAAGCGUUUCUACGCCGGAGGAGCAGCGCCACAGGCCACCCAUCCCGCACAUCCCAGCACCAUCCAGAUCACCAACAGCUUCGCCCAGCAGGCCACGCCGACGAAGCAACAGGCGGCCAGCAGCUCCAGUCCCUUCAAGGCCAACAACAUCAGGAUCAUCUCGACGACGCCGAGUGCUUAUAGUUUGCAGAACAAGUCGCCGCAGGAACCGCACUCUAUUUACGCGCCCGUUCAGUCUUAUUAUUUGCCCAGCGGCGGUGGCCAAACGGCGGGGCAACUCAACCUUAUGGCAGCGGCGGCUAAGCAACUGCAACCUCCUCCACUUGUGCCCGUGAGCAACUCCACCUCGUCACCCCCAUCCACUGUGGUGCUGGACCGCAUCAACAUUUGCAUCAACAACCACUACGCGGAGUCGCCCUCCUCGCUCAGCUCAUCGCUGAGCAGCGCCCAGCAGCCGUCUCCCAUCAUACCGGCCAUCCAGCACAAGGCCAUCCUGCCCCUCAUCGACAGCAGCACGGCGGACAGCAGCAGCUGCAGCAGCAGUUCGGUGUCCAGCAGCAGCUAUGGUGGAGCCACCACCACCUCGGCGGCUGUGGUCAUAGUGGAUGAGCCGGAUUCGACGACCACAACGCCCCAGACGCCGCCCACAACGCCGGAGACUUUGAUGAGUUCGCCGGGGAAGAGCGAGCUGUCGCCCUCGCCUCCGCUGCUGCUCAAGGCCGUCAGCCAAAUGAAGCCGAGCUUCAAGGCCGUCGAAGCAGCACAGCCGCACACGCCGUUAACUCCACCAUCUCCUCCUCCGCCACCAGUGGCUGCUCCUCCUCCUCCGCCGCCGGUGGUGGUCACCUAUGCCCUGCAGGAGGAUGUCUUUAUCAAAUGCAACGACGGCAGGUUCUACCUGGGCACUAUUAUUGAGCAAACAAGCGACCAGUUUCUCAUCCGCUUCGAUGAUCAGUCGGAGCAAUGGUGUGAGCCGGACAAACUGCGCAAGUUGGGGGGCAGCCCAUCCACUGGCGGCGGAGGUGGGUCCAGCUCGGAUACGUCCAGUGCCUCCACCAGCGGACCCAUGUGCGUGGCCUGCAAGCGGUCGGAUGUCGAGGAUGUGGUGGAAAUCUGCGAGCGCUGCGGACGCGGCUAUCAUCGUGGCUGUACCAUCGAAAUCGUCACCGGCAGCGGAAUUUGGAGCUGCAAACGGUGUGCGAAACCCAUGAAAAUGCAACAGCCGGUUAACCAUGAGAUCAGCAAGCCUGCGGGGAUUUGCCGUCAAUUACCCUACCAUGCGGAUAAGCUCAGCUGGGAUGAGAAGCAUCGGGUGAACGAGGAGCAGAUUUAUUGCUACUGCGGCAAGCCGGGCAAAUUCGAUCACAAUAUGCUGCAGUGCUGCAAGUGCCGCAACUGGUUCCACACCCAAUGCAUGCAGAACUUCAAGAGGAAGCUGCUGCGCGGCGACAUGUUCUUUGUAUUCUGCUGCACUGUGUGCAACAAUGGCGUGGAGUUUGUGCGACGUCUGCAGAUCGACUGGGUAGACGUGCUGCACAUUGCCCUGUACAAUCUGCGCAAGCACCAGCACCAGAAGUACCAUCACCUGCUGAAGGACAUUUGGCCCUUCAUACUCGAGCAGCGCCACCAGCUUCCCAUCUGCGAGCAAUGGCGCUCGCUGCCGGAGACGGCACUCAUGGAGCGCAUCAAGCAGACGCUGAAGGCGGAGCGCUUCGUCUGCGGCAGGGAGUUCAAAAGAGCGCCAGCCUUCUAUGCGCUUCGCCACAGCGGGCCGCCACUUACGCCCAAGGUAUUCCUAGAGCCCCACGAGGAACUUUCCGAUGAACUGCUGGUCAAGAAGUUCAAACUGACUCUGCUGCCGAGGCAGGAACCCCCGAAAAGAGUACCCAAAGAUGUGUACGAGUUCAAUACGGAUGAAGAUGAGCCAGUGGAGACGAGCGAGGACGAGAUUCCCAUCAAGCAGAUCAUCGAGAAGGCCAAAAAGCAGGCCAGCCAGAAGGCGGAUGAGCAGGAUGAGCUGCCCAAGCAGUCGGAACAUGUUGAGGCAGUCGCUCUCGACCUCGCCGACGACAAUGCCAACGACGGCGAUCCCGGCAAGCUGCCAGCAGCUCCCAUUCCUCCGCUGCUGGACGCCAACAGCAGUCGCAAACGCAAGGCUUUCCGCCUGUCCAAGCGCUAUGACAACAGCCGCAACCACUGUGAUCUAUCGUCCGACGAGAACUCGAGCAGCAGUCGGGGAACCAGCUCGCUGGACCUCAUCAUACCGCCGCCGGCCAAUUUUCUGGGACGCAACAAUCCCUUCUUGAUGGCCACCCCCAAGAAGGCGACGCAGGGUGGCCGAGGUGGCAUCGUGGCAAAUGGCAUCAUCAACAGCAUUUUCAAGCUCAAGGGCAACUCCAAGGAGCAGCCGCGCAUGGUGCGCACCAUCAAGCGAAGACUGAGUGCCAAAGACAUAACCAUUGGGCCCAAUCAGGAGGUGCGCAGGCGACGCAACCGCCGCCUGACCACGGCCAUUGAGGUCAUCAGCACCACCACCAUUAAUCCCAUACCCAGCCACUACCUUCCUCUCUAUGCCAAAGAUCUGCAGCCGCCGGCGGCGCCGCCAAUGGGAAAGCCAACGCACGGACGCCUGUUGCGCCAGCGGCCUCAGAAGCUGUCGCCCAGCCAGAGCCGCCGGAACUCCACCAGUUCGACGGCCACGAACAGCAGCAGCAGCAACGGGCUGGCGGCACCGGGACAACAUUCCAUGCUCGAUCUGAAGCAGUCGGUGAACAAGUACUUUGGCGGCGCCAUGAAUCGCAUAGAUGCCGGCGAGUCCUUCGCCAUUCGGGCCAAACGGCGCAUGGGAAACGGACAGGUCCAGUACCUCGUGGAGUGGGGAGGAGAUGCUGCGAUCGGAUCGAUGGGAAACUAGACUCUUUUGGCACACCCGACAACUCAUUUUUACUUUUAUGUUUAUCAUUUUUCAUUAUAAUUCUCCUGCGUUAUUCUUUAUUAAUGUUCGCUGCCAGCUCCGGGCCUCCUUAUUUGUUAACGUUUAAAAGUUUAUUACCAAUCCACUGCCAAAAUAGCAAAAGAAUGUUCAAAAUAUUGGUUCAGCACUAAAGCGGUUAAAGUGUUAAAAUGUAAAAAAUUGCAAAAAGCAACUGAAUACAGGUUAUAAUUGUGCAAUGGCAGUAAAUUGUUGCAGCAAAACUUAAGAAAAUUUCCACAAAAUUGGCAAAAGUAUUACAAGAUUAAUCUGUAAUCUGACAUUCGCUGCUGAAUGAAAACGUAUUAAUUAAUGUCUAUCGAAAGGAAAACGAUUCAGUUAAGUUCGUACUUUAGCUACAUGUAAUAUGCCCAUGUAUAUUUUUGAAAAAUAUAUAUUAAAAGGGAAACUCUCACACAAAAACCAUGUUAUGCAUACAAAAAAUGAUUGAUAUACAUUACACAACACAAAUUUAAUAAAAUGUAGGACUAGUUGAAUAAUUUUCGCCCAUAAUCUAGGGAAAACCACACAAUAAUGAGUUAAGCAAGUACUUUUUAACUAUUAAAAGCUAUACGAAAAUCAAAAUUGAGUUGAACGCAAAAUUAAAUCUCAAGCUAAACCAGA